GGAGGACUACUUAAUAACAAUAUUAUGAUAAGACUUGGGAAUGGAUGUCGAGAUGCUUUCAAAACAAAAUUGUGGUAUCUGAAUGAUAUUCGUACAAUAUUACUAAUACUCAAUUCUCACAUUUAUACUAUAUUAUAAUUUUAACAUCUCGUAGGCCUACUCAUUAACAUUACAGUCUACAGGAGCGCUAAAAUAUGAGUAAGAGAUUGUAUUAUUAUUAUUGUAAAAUAUUGUAGGCCUACCCUGACCCUACUUACACCUGUCUUUUUUCUUUUCUUUAAACUUUAGGCUUUACUCAUCACAUUAGUACUGCUGAUUAGAAAGGAUAAUAUGUUACGGAUGUUAGAAGAUUAUUUAAUAAGAUAAAAAGUAUGGUAGGCUUUCAAGUAUAAUUUAUAAAUUAUAAGUUCAUAUUUAUUUAUAAUAGAAAUUAGAAUGCUUGGGUCACCAGUUUUUACAGUGUAGUGUAGUGUUGUUUGAACACAUUCAUUCAUUGUUUAUUCUGUGUGAUUGUGAUUUAUUGUCGUUAACAAGUUGUAGAAUUAGUUUUAGUUUAGUGAAAUUGACUUGUACAUGUGAUUGUGGCUGUAUUUAGAGUGUAUUUACUUUUUACAGUUUUAGGCUGCAUUCUGUCUCAAGUCUCAAGUCUUAAGACACCUUCACCUAUUAUUAAUAAUAGUAAAGUCAACAGUAAAGUAUAGAGAGGCCUAUAGUUAAAAUUGUAAACAUUGUAAUUGUUAGGCUAAUUUUUUCACUGAACAAGUUACUCAGUUACUCAUGUGAACUGUGCUAUUUAGUUAGUUUUAGUCAAAGUUCAAAGCUAGUGCUAGUGUUAGUACUGUUAGUUAGUUAAAGUCAAAGCUACAACUACAAGUAUUGCAAGCCACUACUGGACUGGGACUACUCAUCCUGGCUCUUUUAAAAUAAAUUAAUCGUUUCAAUAUGUCUCUGAGCCGCAAAAAAACAUCCUCACCACAAGAAGGCAAGUUAUAGUGUCAUAUAUAAUUAUAAGGAAUUACUUAUAUAUAUUUAUAAUUAUAAUAAGGCCUAUAUUAAAAUAUAUGACCCAGUGUUAUUGAUACUGGGCUAAAAAAAAGUAUUGGGUUACUUACUACCUCGUAUUAACUGUUAAAUAUUAUUGCAAAGUCUCAAAAGAGACUAGUUUUUACUAAUUACUUAUACUUAUGUCUUUUGUUACUUUAAUGUAAUGGAUUUUGAGAUAUUGUAUCUGAUCCUCAAAAAAAAAAAUUUCAAUUCCCUUGAAAUUUAUAUUUAGUAAAUAGUAAAUCAGACUUUCCCUCGUUUUUUUUGUUUUUUUUUUGUUAAGAAGUAUCUAUGACAUAGAUGAAUAAAAUUUUACUUUUCUAAUAAACAUCACUGGGUUUUGAGAAAUGUUUAUCCUCUAUAUAAUAUAGGCCUACGCAACCUUUUUUCACGCCCCAGAACUACAAAGAAAAUUAUUAUUAUAUGACAAAUAUGAAGUUUAUGUAUAUUACAUAUUAAAGAUAGCCUUUACUUGCAUAAAAGCAGAUAUAUUUUAUCAUAUAGAAAUUGAUUAGAUUUCACUAAAAUAAUAGAAAAUCUCUAACUUAAUUUUUAAGAAGCAGAGCAUAAACCUAAGCCAUCUACCCUGGCUCAUUCUUAUAUUAUAAAUUAUAGGCUGAUAUAGGCAGCAUCGUAGGAUAAUACUUAAAGUUAUAGAUAUAUAUAUAUAUAUAUAUAUAUAUACAUAUAAUGAUUAUAAAGUUAUAUUACUAAAAUACUAAUUUAGCUAUAGUCUACUGUCCACUUACACUAGUCUAUUAUUGUUAGAUUGUUCCCAUUAGACCUAUGCCUAUUGAUUUCAUGGUAACAUUGCAGCAUUGACAACACAAAUAUUGCAAGUUGUUCUGGAAUAUCACCACAGUCACAAACACCCCCUCCCACCCCACUUGGUGUAGCUAGGGUCAGUGCCACCUGGGGCGGGCAAACAUUUUUGCUGCCUCCUUUCAUAUAAAAAUUCUACAUUGGACUGAAAACGCUGCCUCUCCAUAUGAAGAAAAAGUGCCAGCUCCUCCCCACUCUCUUCACACAGAGGCAUAGCGGGGGGGGGGGGAGCAGAUGUCCCUGGGCGCAAGACUAGUAAGGGGCACCAAAAUGUGCUUUGAUAUGAUUUUAUAGAUACAAAUAAUGGAUUUAUUUCAUAUAAAAAUUCUACAUUGGACUGAAAACGCUGCCUCUCCAUAUGAAGAAAAAGUGCCAGCCCCCCCCCCCUCUCUUCACACAGGGGCAUAGGGGGGGGGGGGGGAGCAGAUGUCCCUGGGCGCAAGACUAGUAAGGGGCACCAAAAUGUGCUUUGAUAUGAUUUUAUAGAUACAAAUAAUGGAUUUGAGAGUUGAAAAGAGAUAGGGAGGUUCUUUAAAAUGAACUUUGCUUCGGGCGUCAAACAAUCUAGCUACCAAACACUCUAGCUACCAAACACUCUAGCUACCAAACACUCUAGCUACCAAACACUCUAGCUACCAAACACUCUAGCUACCAAACACUCUAGCUACGCCUCUACCUUCAUACAACACUGCCGCCACCCUCUUCAGGCCUAUUGUCACUAUCUAGUACCAUUGUUUGUUCUAUUUGUGUUACUAACUGUAAAAAAUGCUUUCUUUUUCUGCAGUAUGUACAUUGUAAGUAUUUUGAAUCUGUUCUUUGUAUGAAAUUUGGACACAUGAAAUGAAUUUCACUUGGAGCCUAUUUUUGAAACUGUGUUAACCCAUCUUUGACAUUCGAGGCUUAAUCCAUCCAUCCCUGUGGUCGCUGCAGCCCAUGUAGGGCUUUGGCCUGCCUCACCACUUCCUUCCACUCAGAUCUAACUAAUGCUUGUCUUUUCCAUACUUGGAAUUCCCAGCUGCCGUAGAUCUUUUUCCACUUCAUCUAUCCAUCUAAGCCUAGGUAUGCCUUUGAGCCAUUUUGGUGUUGCACCCUCUUCACUCCUCUGUCAUUUGGCAUUCUCUCUAAGUGUUUUGAGGCUUAUUAAAUAAAUCUAAAUCACUGUUUGAGCAACGCUUGUGGUUUAAGGCUUUGUUCUGGCUUCACAUUAGUUGACAAAAAAAAAUUGUACCAUUUCAUUAAGACCUUUGUAAAACUAUAACUAUUUAACAAUUUGAAUAGCUUUUAAUUACAUUACAAAUACUUUCAUUUCAUGUGUUUCUCAAAGAACCCCACACCUGCCUGGUCAUUGGAGCAGGCUCAAGAGGUAGUGGGUAUGCCGUCUUCUCCAAACUGUAUCCACAGGAUAUGAAGGUGAGUUGUGGGGAUAACAGGAUGUUUAAUGGCAAACAUGUCCCAGACAUCAAACCCUGAAAAACUAAUUCAUUGAUGUUUUUUUACCCUAGAUUGAACCCCCAAGCUAUUGCAAGGGUCUCUUUUUCUGACCCUAAGACAUUAUCCUUUUACUUAUCGCCAUACUUUUAGCUCAGAGCUGAUUAUUAAUAUAUUUCAUAUUGAACACUCGAUAUUGUUACUCUAAAUAAUGUAAGAAGAUUUUUGAAAAUUUAUAGUUUAAUCUAUUGGUUGGCAAGCCACAGCUAAGGAGCAGUAUUUGGAUCUUUAAAGGAACAGAUUUGGCUCCUUUUGUAGAAAUAUUCCAUGAUGACUUGCAGCUUUUAAAAUAUUUUCUUAGCAGAUAUAAAUGGCUACUCACUCAACAAAAAAAAAAUGUUGCUGAUCUCUGGUUUUAAUCUAUAGAAGAACUUUAAUCCUAAGACAAACCUCUCUCAACAAUUUCCAAAUCGAUAAUGUUUACCUGAAGAAGUUUCACACAAGUAUUGACUGAAAUGUUUGUUGACCAACUCACUUCAGUGAUAUUAACAAUGCAAGCGCCUAAUAUUUAAGGAUGGUUUCAUCCAGCCCUUAAAUAUCUUUUAAUAAUUUGCAAACAUAAUUCACAACAGGUGGUGGGUGUUGCAGAGCCGAAUAAAAUCAGAAGGGAACGAAUGGUCCAGGCUUAUGAUAUAGCUGAGAAUAAAAUCUUCACAGGUAUUAUAAAACUGACAUAGUUAUAUUUAAAAAAACACUAUUUUAAUUUGUUAAUUAUUUCAUUUUUUUAUACUUUUAUUUUUAUAUCAUUCAACAGAUAUUUUGAGGAAAAUCAUAGUCUUUAUGUCCCUUAGAACAUUUGCUUUAUUUCAAUUUUUUUUUAAGAUUCAAUUUUUAAACUCCACAUUUUGGAAAAAUGGUGGGCCAUCUGCCUCAUCAACCUGUCAGUAGCAGAUUUGAAUUCAUACAGGGGUGAGGGGUAAUCCCAGAGUAUUGGUAAAAGGCUUGUUUCUGUUACUUUCUACGGACUUGACAGCCCAAUCAGAUAACACAAUCAGGCACCCUAAUUAGGUAUCCCAAUCAGACAGCCAAAUUAGACAGGCCAAUCAGGAAGCCCAAUCUGACAGCCUAAUUAGGUAUCCCAGUUAGACAAACCAAUCAGGCAGCCUAAUCAGACAGUCCAAUGAGACAGCCCAAUCAGACAGCCUAAUUAGGUAGCCUAAUUAGGUAGCUCAAUUAGACAAACCAAUCAGCCAGCCAAAUUAGACAACCCAAUCAGACAGCCAAAUUAGACAGCCUAAUUGAGUAGCCAAAUUAGACAACCCAAUCAGGCAGGGCAAUCAUGAAGCCCAAUUAGGCCUUUAACUUUUGUGAGGAUAAAAAGCCUGUGCAAAAAAAAAAAAAAACCUCCAAUGUUGUAUAAUUAGGCUGGACGCUGACCAGGGCAAAAAUAGCCUACUGAGGUCAUAAGCACUUAGUGGGGUAAAAAGUGAUUUAUUUUUUUAAUGGGUGUAUUUAAUUUUAGUUAAAUUCUUGGAAUUACCGAUAAUAAUUAAAACAGAUGCUUCAAUUGCCAUUGUUAUUGUUAGACUGGAGAGAUGCUGCGAAACAGGAGAAGUUUGCAGAUUUUGUUAUCAUAGCAACUGUUGAUCAGGACCAUAAGGUAACAGCAAUCUAUCAAUUACAAAAUAUAUAAUAUAUAUUUUUAAAAAAAUGUUAAACCAAUUAUAAUAAAAACCUCACUAUGCAUAUUUUCUGUUUCACUUUAGGAAAACAAUAACUUUUCUCAUAUGUUUUAUUAUCUUUUCCUUUAUUUUCCUCAAUAGGAUCCAGCUGUUGCCUUCGCAAGGCUUGGGUAUCAUAUUCUGCUGGAGAAACCAAUGGCUGUAAGUAAUCACCACCUUUUUUUAUUUUGUGUAUAAUAUCAUUGUUUAUUCAUCUCUGAACUAUUUAUUAAGUGAAAUAUUUUAUAAUAAUCUAAAGCAGCAUUCAACAGCCAGCCAUCAGGCCAAACCUAGGAAAUGUUAUUCUAUUUAAACUGCUCAUUUGAAGAAAAAAAAAUUCUUUUUGUUAAAACAAGGUUUGCUCCAACUUUAUUUUUAUAUAAGGAAAACCAAUUUGUUUGUUUACAAUGAUUGUAAAUCGUGGCUUAAAACUUGGGAUGACGCUUUUUUUAAAUACAAUAAUAUAAAAAUGUAAAAAAAAAAAAUAUAAAAAAAACCCAAUCACUUUAUGUGUUAGCUCUAAGCUAAAUGUAAAAUAAAAAUGGCAGCGGAGUUUUCCCAUGUGAUUAAGUGUUUUACUAGUGGGAAUCAUCACCUGAUCAUUCAGAUACUGAUUAACUUUUUCGGUAAUUUUUUUAUAUUGAUCAGGUCACAGAGAAGGACUGUAGAGAAAUUGUAGAUGUUUGCAGAGAGCACAAUGUUAAGCUGGCAGUGGGCCAUGUUCUACGCUAUACUGCAUGGGUGAACAAGAUCAAGGAGAUCAUCACGUCUGGUCAGAUAGGAGAUGUGGUCAGCAUUAGACACACAGAACCAGUAAGUGAGGUGGGGGGGGGGGGGGGGGUUUUCGGGUGUUCAAAAACCUAGUGCUUGGGGGAGAAAUAUCAAUGACCAUUAUGUUUCAUUCUCAUUGUGAGCAACAUUGAUCUACAAACACCAUUUUAAAAUGCAUCACAUGCUGACGUUAUUGAAUCUCAAGCCUGACUUUAGAAUGGUUCACUGAAACAAUUUUUUUGUGUAAUAGGAUUUUUUUUUUUAAAUGAUCAUGCUCUUACAAGCUUUCAUAUAUGAACAGGUUGGUUUUUGGCAUUUCGCCCACUCCUAUGUUAGGGGUAACUGGCGCAAAGAAGGAACCAGCACGUUCAGCCUCAUGGCCAAAUCUUGUCAUGACCUGGACUUGAUUAACUACUGGAUGUUGCCCCAAAGGUGUGUCAGUGUCUCGUCAUUUGGCAAGCUGUCACAUUUCACCAAGAAAGAUAAGGUAAAAAUGAAAUAUAAUCAUAACGAUUGGCAAUGAUUUUUUUUUCAGGUAGGCUAUUGGCACUUUGCCCAUUCGUUCGUGCGAGGGAACUGGCGAAAUGAAAGGACGAGCACAUUUAGCCUCAUGUCCAAAUGUUGCCACGAUGUGGACCUUAUUAAUUACUGGAUGUCUCCACGGAAAUGUGUCAGUGUGUCUUCCUUUGGUAAACUGACCCAUUUUACACUCACAGACAAGGUAAUUCUUGUGUCACUGUCUUGAACCAUUCUACAUCCACAGACACGGUAAUAGUUGUGUCACUGUCUUGGCCCAUUUUACACCAACAGUCACGGCAAUAGUUGGGGCACUCUGGUCGUAAGAACAGUUUUAUUUAACUUCUUUUGCCUGGACAUCAUACAUCUUAUUUAACCCAUUUUGCCAAACAUUUACAAUAAAAUUUUGUCACAAAACACUUUGACACAAAAGUUAUAUGAAAUCAGUGUGUAAAUCAUUUAUCAGUACAGGUUAGCUAUAACUGCCUACCUUUCUCAUGGGGAAGAAAUUCUCACAAUGUUAAUAUUUCAUCAAAUGUUCACCGUGGCAUAAUAAACUUUAUUCCCAAGUAUUUACUAUUUUUUCAAACACCAUUUCUUUUCAAGCCUAAAAGUUAUUUUUAAUUUUAGAGAACUAUUUUUUAUCCAAAUUUGUUCAAGAGGAAAUUUUCAUAAUUUGUUAUCCUGUUUUAUUUUUAAUCUCCCUUAAUGUACAAACAUCCUUAAAUAAUAGCUGGACUGAACUGAGGGGACCAACCAAAAAAAUCAAUAUUUAAUUACCGAAUAAUACGGACUAUUAGACGCACUUUUAUCUUCAAAAAAUUGCCUCUAAAAUUCAGGUGCGUCUUAUACUCGAAAUUAAUAUAAAAAUGGUAAAAAAAAAUUUUUUUUAAAUUGCUUAAAGUUAAGCUGCAUCUUAUAGUCCGUAGCGUCUCAUAGUCCGUAAAAUAUGGUUACUAAUUUAAAAAAAAGUCCAUCCUUAAUGGCAGAUCCCGUCACCAAUCAGAUAAUCAAGAAACUUGAUCUUUUUGGAGGGACAAGAGCCUUAGGGACAUGCUUGUUAGAAGCCACCUCACAGCUAUUAAAGCACAUAUAUAUGUUGAUCACUCCUUCCUGGAAAUAUUCACCAUAAAAAAUGGCUUUACUUGCACAAAUCGCAACAUGAUUGUAACAAUGUUUAUAUUAUAGAUAUAACACUCCUUUGUGGUAACAUUGUUAACUAAUACUUAAACUCAGUGUAAUAGAUGGCUUGCCGCUAUUAUUUGAAUAAUGAAUUCAUCUGAAUCUGUUCCUCUGUCACUCAAGAAGUAAUAACGUCCAAUGAAUAAUUUAUACAGUACUUUAUUACAUAAAAUAGAUGAGUUGAAUAAUAAAUAUUGCUAUGAGUAUAUCCUAGUGACAAUGAUAGGAUGCAAUGAAUAAAUACACACAAGUUCCACAAUAUUCCAUCAGAUAAUACUUUAAUAAUCCAUAUGAGAAAUAAUUAAACAUGUCCGCCACAUUCAAGAACCAAUCAUGCACUUCCCUACGCAAGGUGUAUUUUUUCUCCACUCUAGAAAGUAGUUCCCGCUAUUUUCGUGAUCCACAUCGUUCUGAUAAAAUUACUAUGCCAUCAUGUCGUGAGAAUGAAUGUUAGGGUCGUGUGUAAAAAUCAUAAUUAACUUGGUCUGUUACAGUGAUUUACACGACCCUUUGUAAAAAGUGCAGAAAAUAGUAUGUUGGGGAGACAGGUCAUCGUCUUUGAAACCAUUUUAGAGAACAUCAGUGAAAAGCCAGUUGUCCCGUUUCUAAACAUUUGAGUAAUGCCAAAUAUAAUGGAAUAUUCGACAUUGCAGUUCAUAGUUAUGCGAGUGAUACACCUGAUAGAAUUUAUAUGGAUAAUAAACGAAUAAAAAGAUUGGGUACUUUACCACCGUAUGUUAUAAACCAAGUUCACAAUUUUAUGAGUUCACAAUUUUACAAUAACUGCAAUGUUUUAUUUUUCCUGUUUGGUUUUUAAAUUGAACUUUCACCCACUUUCUUUCAGUUUUUCUUUGUUUGCCUUAGGGACUUUCAUUUUUAGGUAUAGGUAGGAUAUAUAUGUAUGAUAUUAUAUACAUUUAAUUGAUGCUACUCAUGCUACUCAAAUACAUUUUUUUGUUGUACUGAUGAAGGCAUUUGCCCAAGCGUUUGAAUUUGUAUUUUGUCUAUUCAUAAUUAAAGUUUGAAAUAUAAUAUAUUUUGUUUUAUUUACACAACUUUUUCGUGCCUCAACAUCAUUCAUUUUUCUGUUUCAGCCUGCAGGUGCCGGCUCAAGGUGCUUGGACUGCUCAGUGGAGUCAACUUGUCCUUAUUCAGCAAAGAGACUUUAUCUUGGAAGAGUCAAAGAGGUAUGUUAAAAAUGAGGGAAAAAAAAAAUUCUCUUUUAUCAGAUGGAGCCUGAAAGUUAUCCAUUUUUGUUGUUCAAUUUUUUAAAAAAUAUGUAACCUUUGUAACUUUGAUCUAGAUUUCCUAGAAGACCUAAAUUCUGUAAGCAUUUAUAUGUUUUUUUAUUGCUGUUGAAAUUUAGUUUUCUGCUUCGUAAGUUAGUAUUGUAACUUUUUUAAAAUUAUGAAGUGUUCGGGAUGGCAUGCUUUAUCAUAAAAGUUAUUUUAUUUCUAUAGAAAUCUGUUCCCUUGAAUUUAAGGGUUGUCUUCACCUAGGAUUACCUCUUUAAGUCUUUCCUAAGUCUGCAACAAUGGGGGAUGAAGUUGAUGUGCACUUAAAUUUUCAGUUAAAUAAUCUCCCCAAGGUAUUGUCAGCCUGAGUUGUGUGUCCCUUCCGUUCAAAUUUAGUUCUACUUGCUACCUGAUCAAUCUGAUGACAACAAUGGCAUGUUAUCUUUUCCUUUUUUUAAAAAUCAUUACAGGGGCACAAGGGAUGGCCUGUCAGUGUCAUAAGUGAUAUACCUGACAUAGAAAAUGUCACAGAAGCCUUAAGCACAGGACCCUAUGGAAAAUGUGUUUAUGAUACAGAUAAUGAUGUCGUUUCUCACCAGGUAAGCUCAAUGCUUUAUUUAUUUGAGUCAGUGAACAAUUUUUUUUUACACUCAGUAGUAAGUGUUGGGCACUUGUAUGUGUUCACCAUAUGAUAAUUGUUAAUGUUUUAUAGAAACAUUUUAUAGAAAAACUGCAGAAAGUUCAAAACUCUGCUGCUAGGCUUGUUCUUAAGGCAAAAAAACGCGAGCACGUCACUCCACUACUCCACUCACUACAUUGGCUCCCUAUACAGGCACGCAUUGACUACAAGCUGUCUCUUCUCUGUCACAACUUUUUCUCGGAUUCCUGCCCUUCCUAUCUAACUGAACUUCUUUCUGUCUAUUCACCCCUUCGACAACUUCGCUCCUCCGCAGACUCGCGUAUUCUGUCCGUUCCCAAGACACGCACUAAAUUAUAUGGUGAACGAUCUUUCUCUUUCUGCGCCCCCAAACAAUGGAAUUCUUUGCCACUACACAUCCGCAAUAUAACAACCACACAGGCCUUCAAAACUGCACUCAAAACACAUCUAUUUAAACUAUACUACUCUGACUGAUUCUCCUCCUAUAAACCGAUAAACGUACAUGGGUUUCCUUGUAAAAAUGUCUGGUGUGGGUGGGUGAAUAUACCUAUGGUGUUGUUUUGCUUAUAUGUUGUUUUUAUUUCAUUUAUGUAUUUUAUUUUAAUAUUAUGAUUAUGCCUCUUUGCUAUAUAUGUACAGCGCGGUGAGCCCAGCCCUAGGCCGGGGUACCGCGCUAUAUAAGACCACUUAUUAUUAUUAUUAUUAUUAUUAUGUUUGCUCUUUUUAAUGUCUAUACCACUAUUCGGAGCAUUUCAUCUAGAACAGAAGUUCCCAACCUGUGGUGCACGUACCCCCGUGGGUACAUGUACCCCUGGGGGUACAUUUUUACUGGUAGGCCACUUGGGGGGACGCAAAAAUUAUCUUAACAAUUGCUAAGAAGUUUUUUAGUUUUUUUUUAUUGCACCGGUUCAUUUACAAGAAGCAAUAUUUCUUUUCAAAAUCUUGCGAGUCUUUUAAAUGCAAAAACUAUCCAUAAAAAUAUUUUAUCAAAUAAAAUUAAUAACGAGAACGCCACCUUGUUGUUCACCACAUUCUUUGUAUUAAACUUUGAUGUUGAUAGUUAAUGUUGUUUUUCUCUCUCCUGUUUUAUAAGUUUUCAUUGCAAUGUUAACUUUUGACAUUCUUUUUAGCUCCAUUAUUUGUAAAAGAAUAGAGAAUAUGAGCAUUAAAGUUUCAUUAGCUUGAACUGUUUCAUUGGAUUAUUUAGCCAAUCUAUUUUUUAAUCCUUUUUUUUUGUGGGGGGUUGGGGAUGAGUGGAGUUAAGGGGGAAAAAAAAAAGGGGGGGGGGCGGGCAGGGGGUACUCAAAAAGGAAAAGUCUAAUCAAGUUGUAGGGCAAAAAAAAAAAAUUGGGAACGGCUGAUCCCAAAUUUUUCACAAUUUUUUUGUGGGGGGUUGGGGAUGAGUGGAGUUAAGGGGGAAAAAAAAAAGGGGGGGGGGCGGGCAGGGGGUACUCAUAAAUGAAAAGUCUAAUCAAGUUGUAGGGCAUAAAAAAAACAUUGGGAACGGCUGAUCUCAAAUUUUUCACAAGACACUAACUUCAGUGGCCUUUUUGUUGACAUUAUAUCGGAAACAGGAAUAAUUUAUAUUAUUGACCAUUGUCGAAAACCCUCUCAUAUUGCAGGAAGCAAUUAUCCAAUGGUAAACUUGGAUUUUGAUUUGAAUGCCGUUCCCAAUCCAAAUUUAUUUCAAGAUUUUAAAAUGUAUAUAUAUUUUUUUUUAAAGGUUGUUAACUUUCAAUUUGAGGAUGGAGCCACAGUUUGUUUCAACAUGGUCGCCUUCACGAAACGUCUUUGUGCCAGAGAGGUUAAGAUUUACGGCACCAAGGGGGAGAUAGCGUUUGAGGACGGCUGGAAAGAUGUCCAGGUGUUUGAUUUUCUCACACAACAAACCAGUAAGUUGUUAAAUCAUCUCCCUGUUUCUUUUUUUUUUAUUUGUGACUAAAAUUAUCUGUUAUAGUCCGGCAUGUCCCUGACAAGUGAGCUUCACUUCUGGCAAGUUUUUUGCUCACAAUUUGUGUGGGUGACUACUGCAGUCUCCUAGACCCAUAGCUGUUGACUUAUAUGAACUUGGGAGUGAGCCCAAGCCCUUGCCGCAGUACAAGUGUCUUACAUUACAUUGUUCAUAAUUUAGCAUUUCAAAUAAAUAGAAAUGUAUUUCACCUCAUUUUUAUGGGUCCUGGCAUAGACUUACUCAGAAUAUGGUCUCAAAUUUUCAGAACAGCUGUGCCAUAACCACAAUCAGUCCACACCAUUGGACUGUUACCUUUUUAAACUUUAGGGAGGCAUCACCCUGUUGACUGCCGCCUGUGAAUCUGUCUUGUUUCUUUCCCUUCCAGCUCAUCACAAUAUUACCAGCGGCCACCCUAAUCAGAUGGGUGGGCAUGGAGGGGCUGAUUUCCACCUGAUGCAAGCUUUCAUCAACACACUGGGGGUGAGUUUUUAGUACUAGAGAUUGAGAUUCCUUGCUGGUGUGAUGUGGCUCAAUGGGAUAUAGGUUACAGUGCUAGAUAAAAAGUUAGGGCUUAAUUUAUACCUGAUGCAAGAAUUUCUUAAACACACUAGGGGUGAGGUUGUACUACAUGAGCUUCCUUGAUGCUGUGAUGUGGAACAACGCUGGUAACAAUACUAGAGAAAUGGUGGAAAAUGAUAUGUCAGGGCUUGAAAAAAAAAAGACUGGACCAUUAAAAGUAUUAUUUCGGCCGAAUGCCUUCUGUAGCAGACAAGACGAGAAACAAUGAAGGAUUGCAGAUUUAAAAAACUUUGUUUUUAAAGAUCUGAAUGUAGUUCUUUCAGUCUAUUAUCUUGUUCCACUAUUAAUUUACUUUACAGUGCUUGAAUGCAGUUGUCUUUCUUCUCCCCCCUCCCCACCUUUCCCCCCUCCCCGCUAUAUUACACAACACUAGAACUACUUUGUUUCAUAACUAGUGUGCCAUGGCUAGAUAGGAAGUGCUUUGCCAUGGCUAGAUAGGAAGUGCUUUGCCAUUUCUAGAUGGGAAGUUCUUUGCCAUGGCUAGAUGGGAAGUGCUUUGCCAUGGCUAGAUGGGAAGUGCUUUGCCAUGGCUAGAUGGGAAGUGCUUUGCCAUGGCUAGAUAGGAAGUGCUUUCCAUGACUAGAUAGGAAGUGCUUUGCCAUGGCUAGAUAGGAAGUGCUUUGCCAUGGCUAGAUGGGAAGUGCUUUGCCAUGGCUGAGAGGUAAGUAGGCUUCAAGAUUUGGGACAGAAUGUAAAUUGACAUGUGUCACUUAUUCCUUCUACAAAACUGAGUGACACAGAAUAUUACAGGUCUUCUCAAGAACUGCAAUGCAUCAAAUUUUGCAGCAUUAUACAAGAGCAUUAUGAUUUUGCUUUGUGCCAAGAACUAGACGCCCUUGUUAAUCCUCUUACCUGCUUAUUUUAGUGGGAGCAUUCCCCAAAAGCCAUAAAUGAAUUUAAUGCUAUGAAAGGAAAAUUAGUUACACUGUACGCCCAUGUACAAGAUAGUUUACCUAAAAAUAGAUCCGGAUGGCCAAUAAUAAUAGUGAUUCACUUUCCCCAACCACCUACUUGCCCUGUAAUGCAGUUAUUUUAGACUUUUCAAGCGACAAAAACAUUACUGUAUUCUCUGGAACCAGUUUCAAAGUCGUGUGGUCUGGUUAUUGAAAGAUAAUUGACUUUUGAUUCAGCGUAUAAACAAAAAGUGAUGUUUACUAUCCUUCUAAAAGGAGUUACUAUUUAUAGUCAAAGGUUUCAGACAACAAAAAAAGUCAGCUUCAUUUUCUACCAAUGAAAGGAAACAAAAUAAAAAGAUUCCUUGUGCCUGGAGAUGCAUCAUGACGCUUCCUAUCUUAAAUAGGAUCAACACUGUCUCCUUUUCAGUCAAAUGGCAUCAAAUUUUUAAAUUUUUGUUUGCACUUAUGUAGGGCAAGGGAGAGAUGGUUGUCACAGGACCAGAGGAAACACUCAACAGCCAUCUACUUGUGUUCGCUGCAGAGAAAGCCAGAGUAGAAAACAGAGUAGUGACCAUCAACCCUGAUGGUACAUUCUAAGUCUUUGAGAUUUCUCAAGCAUAACUGCAACUGGGUUCAUUUUUUUUUUUUUGAAGAGGAGCUGUUUGGUCACAGUUCAAGGGUCAGACUUUAAAAAAACAAUUUCUAGAUAAAUUUUAAAAAAAAAAAUCUGUGUAAUAGUACAUUCUAUGUCUUUGUGAUUUAUAAAGCAUAAAUGCAACUGGGUUCAUUUUUUUUUUUUUGAAGAGGAGCUGUUUGGUCACAGUUCAAGGGUCAGACUUUAAAAAAACAAUUUCUAGAUAAAUUUUAAAAAAAAAAAUCUGUGUAAUUAGUUCAUUUUACCUGCUCUUAAUUUUUAAUUUAGCUUGAAAUAAUUAUCUCCUACCUCACCGCCCUGAUUAUAAAGUUGUUUUUUUUUGUUUUCGUAUCUGAUCCACUUGCCUGUUUUUUUACCUUUUGAAGAUUGCUUUAAACAGGAUUAACACACAUUUUUCGUUUCGGACUUAAGUUUUAACUGGAAAAAAAAAAUUAUGUGAUACUUAUUGCUGUAUAGUUGAAUGUAGUUAGAAUGAUUUUUUUAUGGGAGCCGACCAAAUUGACAUCACAGAAUAUACCAAGUUUAAUUUAUUAAUUUAUAAAUUUGUAAUGCUCUGAGGUCUGUGAAUAAAUUAUUUUUUUAUUUAUUUAUUUUAUUUUUCAACUUGGGCGAAAUUAUAAUUUUUUCAGUGUCAUUGACUCACUGUGGUUGAUCCAUUGUUUUCUGAUUUUUGACAGGCUGAUAAAUAAAAAGUUGAAAUUUCUUAGAAAUGUUAAUUUCACUGUGUGGAAAUAAAAAAAAAAUUAUUAUUCAUUUAAUGAAAAUGUUGGAGAAAGGAAUUUUUAAAAAGUCAAAUAUUUGUUUCAAUUCUACUGACCUUAUAGUUGAAAUUUUUUAGGUGGCCAACAGUCAGUUGGCUUUUUAAUUAUUUUUUUUUUGCUCUGAUGUCAUGUCAGCCUUUUUGCUUUCUGUCAUUUUUCCCAUGGUUAUAUUCCAAUUAUUAUCAUAUUCUACAAACAAAAACUUGACCAAUACAAAGCCACAGGGUAAUGUUAAUUUAUAUCAUUCCUCAUAAAGCCAUUGUUUUACAAAAAGUACAUUGUCAUGAACAUGAAAUCAUUGGGGUAAACAAAAGGUGCCAUCCUCGGACAUCGGACAAGUUGGCAAACUCUUACACUGACCACAUCCACCUUCCCACAUUUGUACAUGUUGUCCUACAAGUAAUGUAAGGAAGUAAAAAAAAACUGGAGCAGACUUUUUUAACAGUUUCUUGUGCCUUCUGUUGGCAAGUUUGUACCUUGCAUCGGCAAGUUUGUACCUUGCAUCGGCAAGUUUGUACCUUGCGUCAGCAAGUUUGUACCUUGCAUCGGCAAGUUUGUACCUUGCAUCUGCAAGUUUGUACCUUAUGUCGGCAAGUUUGAGACUUCCUUGCAACCCAUAAAUUGUACAGCAAGAUCUGGAAAAAUUGGACAAAGCGUUUUAUCAGUCAGGUCUGUUGUUUAGAAAGCAAAUUUUGUUUUCUACGUAACCGAUUAUUUGAAAAGAAAUAAGACAUAACAGAGAAUGCAUUACACAUCAUGUUUGUGUACAUUUAAUGUAACAAAGUUUCCUGUUCCGUUAUAAGGCUGUGGGGCAUUUCAUUUUGUUUUAAGUUAAUUUUUGAACUCCUGGUCAUCAUUUGGUCGACCAGUUCUGUUUAAAUGACACAUAAAUAUACUGAAUAUAUAUCUGUAGAUAGAUAUAAAUAUAUGCCGUGCUCAAGUGGGACAUGCUUGCUCAUAAUGCUCAAUAAUGUGGAACCUGGAGGGGGGAGGGGGGGGUCAUGACCACCCUCAAAACUAGUCUCAAGGGGUCUCAACCAUUGUGUCUUGUUUACAAUGGUGAUACAGGGCCUUAGUGUAAAGUAGUGUGUCAAGGGGGUAGCACCCAUUAAAAAAACGUUGAAUCCACUGACAUACCAGAUGUAUUGUUACUAUGAAUCAAUGAGAGAUUAUUUUACAUUUAAAGCCAUUUCCAUUAAACACUUACAAUACAAAAAUAUGUGCAAUAAUUUACUGGCUUAUAAAUUAAAACAAGCAACUUUGUGAACAUACCAAUCUUGGGCAGAGGAAAUUUGUAAAAAAAAUUAAAAUGAUAGUCUAAUCCAAGUCAGACAUGUUUCAACUGACCUACUUUUGGCCAUUCUCAGUAUCAGUUAUCCAUACUUAUGUUGAAAUUUAAAACAAUUUAAAAAAACAAACACACAGGGACAUUAAGAAGCUCCUAAUGAGUACGCCUUUGUUUGUAAACAUGAUGCCCGUCUUUCAUUGUUGUUGUUGGAAUACUUGGAUAUAAAUACUGUCCAAUGGAAGUGCUAGGCCCCAGUGUUUCUCAACUUGAGGGGUGACCCUCAAGAAUAAAAAUGUUGAGAAACACUCGUUUGGGGCCUCUUACAACAUGUCAUGGGCCUUGCUAAUUCAAUUGUUUGACAUGUUCACUGAACAGGAAAUUGUAUUAGUUGUUUAAAGGUGCCUAUAUAAUGCAUGGGGGGUGACUGCCGAUGUGAUGGAGGCCAGAGAAAUAAUGGAUGUGUGAGUUAAAUUGGUUUGUCUGACUGAGAAUUUCAUAAACUGAGGGUGAAGGUGUUUUAUCAUUAUAAUACAUAAUAUAUAUAUACAUACAUUUAUAUAUAUUUACAUAUGAGUAAAUAUAUUUGAAUUAACUUACAAAGCUCUUAUAAUAUAACAUAUCAAAGCAGAACAUGUACACUAUUUUUUUUAUUAUAAGUCACCAUAUAUAAUAAAAUCUAUGUAACAAA